UUCUCUAUGUAGGUUCCUACCUGUACGAUCGCUUUGCCAAUUGCUUUUAUUUGCAAAGUAUUUAUUCAUUAAAUAUAAUUAUAUUUUUACUUCAAAGUCAUCAAAAUGGAAGUGGUGGAGGAUUUAUCUAGAGAAAGUCCCAAAAGCGAAAAAGAAGUAUCACCUGCAGCAGAGCCGCAAGAAUUUAACAAAAGGAAUAAAAAAGAAGACCGUUCGAGUCGUGAAGAUAGAAAUAUAGAACUGUUUAUGAAAUCCUUAAACUCAAACUCUAAUUUGCAUAAUGUUGAUGAGAAGCUUGCUUAUGUAGCUAAGAAAUAUGUGCAAAGUGUUGACGAGAAUAGAAAACUUCAGUUUUAUAUCAAACAAUCAGACAAGAGACAUAAUAUGAUGGUAAAGGAGAAAGAGCUCAUACAGUUUGAGAAUAAUAAAACAAUACUGGCUAAGUCUAAACUUGAAAAUCUCUGCAGGGAGUUACAGAAGCAUAAUAAAGCUAUAAAGGAAGAAUCUCUACUUAAAAUUAGAGAAGAGGAGGAGAAACGUAAGGAAACUCAAGCAAAAUUUCACAGUACACUAUCGGAGAUCACAGCUAUGUUGCAGCAGAAUAACGAGAAGAAUGCCAAGCUUCGAGAUGACAACAUCAGUAUGACGGAGAAGUUUAAGAGUAUUAUGCAGCAGUAUCAGUUAAGAGAACAACAGGUGCAAAAAAUGUCCAAACAAAUGACCCUUGAAGCCCAACUUUCUGAUGCUAAACUUCAAAAGGCUGCACUUGAACAUCAAGCCGAAAAGGAAUUCCUUCUAAAAGAGGCUGAACAAAUGAAAAUUACAAUUGCACAAUACAAAGUCAAAAUUAUGGAGUUGCAAGGAAAUGAGUCAGCAUUGAGAAGUCAACUGGCGAUUUAUACUGAUAAAUAUGAUGAGUUCCAGAAUGCGCUUGUGAAGAGUAAUCAGGUGUUUGGAGGCUUCAAAGAGGAAAUGGAGAAGAUGGCAAAAAAGAUCCAGAAACUGGAGAAAGAGUCGUUAUCGUGGAAAAACCGAUGGGAGAUGUCACAGAAAGCGCUGCUGGAAAUGUGCGGAGAGAUGCAGAACCGGGAGGAGAAGGUGGCCAUAGCUAAUAAGCAUCUCGCUCAGAUGCAGAGCCUGUGUCGAACAUUGCAGGCUGAGCGCACAGUGCUACUCAACACGCUGAAGGUUCACAGCAUCGAGCGUCCCCCGGUGCCCGCCCCGCUGCCCGCUACGCUACCGCCUAUGCCCUCCGCCAGCGAUGCCAAGGUUGAUGCAAUGGAAGCUAACUGUGUUCAACUGAAGCAAAAAUUAGCAGAGUUGCAAACACAAUUUAAUACAUUAACAAACAAGGGUGAAGAAAAAGAGGAAUCUCCUAAGGUGGAAAUUAAGAAAAAGUCUAAAUCAAAAAAGAAAAAUAAGGCACAAGAAAAACCAGCGGCUGUUUCAGAAACAGGUGCUGGCGAAAUUAAAGAUUCUGAAGAAAAAUCUAGAAAUUCAAGCCCUGAAGAUGCUCACAGCGAAAUAGGGAAUCUCAUGGAAGCUGUUAAUAUAGCGAACAUUAAUUUGUGUGAGUUAGAAGUUGUUCAAGAAACAACAACAAAUGAAAACGUAGUCCCCGAUCUCGCAACUUCAAUAUCGACAGUUACUUCAGAAAUUACAGAUCCGAAUCAAUUACAGUUAGAAGCUGUAGAUGACAAAUUGAAUACAACAGAUACAACAGUUGUAAACGGUGAUGUGUUAAGCCAAGGAAAUAGAAUAGUAAAUGAUAUAAUAAACGAAAAGAAUGACAUUGUAGAUGACGUACAAAAUCAUAAGAAUGACAUUGUCAAUAAUAUUUCGAAUGAUGUUAAUGAUGAAAAACAUGACGAAAAAACACCAGCUGCGUUAGAUAGUGUUGUCAAUAAGGGCGAAACUGUUGAUACAAAAACAAAUGAGGCAUCAUAGAUCGAUGUGAUUUCUGCGAAUAUAAACUAGACUGAAUAUCAAUAUUUCAAUAAGUGUUUUCCUUCGAGAGUCCCCAGUUUUCAAGCAAUAAUGCCACUUAUAAGAUGCUAUACUUUUGAUCGAAUUAUAUAAUCAUUUAAUAAUAAUAUUCUGGUUCUAUCUGACUUUAAGUAUGAUUUUUCAAAAUUUAAGGUUUUAGAUGACAAAUCUUAGUAGAACCAACUUAGGUUUUCAAUUAGUAUUUAGUGGAGUUAUCGCUGAUAGUAAAAAAAACAUAUGUUAGAAUGAUAAAAAAAUGGUGUUAGUAUACAAUUUCAUUGUCACGUAUCCAAAUUGUAUCCAAAUUUUGUCCAUGUUUUUUGUUUGAACAAGUACCUUUGAGUACAAGUAAGUUUGAACAACCUUUAUGGUAUUUGGGACAUAUUCAAAGUGUUCAACAAGUUUAAUCGCUUUUAAGGUAUUUCAAAAUAUUAACCUUUUAUUUUGUUUUGUGUGGGUAGUUUUGUAUUUGUGCUUGAUUUAAACCUCUAGUUAAAGAGAUAAGUAAUUUAAUUCUAAUUUGAAACAAUUAUGAACACUACCAGAAAAUUCAUCUUCAUCGUACAAUUUCUGUAUACUACCAGUUUACCAGAGGGAGGCUCCUUUGUACAGGAUGGCAGCUAUAUUAUGAAUACCACAACGGCGCCUCUUUCUGCUGUGAAGCAGUAAUGUGUAAACAUUACUGUGUUACGGCCUGAAGGGCGCCGUACCUAGUGAAAUUACUGGGCAAAUGAGACUUAACAUCUUAAGUCUCAAGGUGAUGAACGUAGCGCGGCUCAGAAUUUUUGGGUUUUUCAAGAAUCCUGAACGGCACUGCAUUGUAAUGGGCAGGGCGUAUCAAUUGCCAUCAGCUGAACGUCCUGCUCGUCUCGUCCCUUAUUUUCAUAAAAAAAUACUAGCUGGCCAACCUGACAUUGGCUAAAUUACCUUUCCGCAAAGGCCACAACAGAAAUAAAAAGAAAUACUUGGGAUACUCGGAUGUUUUGUUUUCUUCAAUAUUUUUUUAGUCUUGUGCCAGUAUUAAUCCAUGUAUGAUCAUAGACAAAUAUGUUAGCGACACCUUGAAUUUAUUAUUAAGUUCAUACUUUAAAUUACCUCACUUUUGUAAAUAGGUCUUUUCGUAUUUUCCUUUAGUGAAGAAGUCAAUUCUGUUUUUUGCAAUAAAUAAUAGAUUUUUCUAUGUGA